AUGUCUCCGAGCAUCCAUAAUUGUGUUACAGAUAUUUUUUUGCACCCCCCUCCAAAAGAUGUCAGCAUCCUACUGUCCUUGUUCUCUUGCUGGAACCCCGCAGAUUAGAACGGCGGGAAACACCAAGUGAUCACCCUUCCAGAGUUGUUACAUGCAAAUAUGACACUUCCGAAUAACAUAUCGCCCGGUAACUUCCUGAUGGAUUCUUUAAUGGGAGGAUCAUCUUCCUACAGGGCUGAGGGAUAUUCCAGCAACCCAGGAAUGUACAUCCACUCAGCUGCAGAGUACGGAUACUCGGUGAUGAGGAAUAUUGGGAAGGUUGGAUCAUCUCCACACUCCAAAAGAGACGAGGUUCCUGCAGGCGGCGUCCCGCUCGGCGGCUUCCAGGAUGCGCCCUACCUGUCAGCGCAGCUGGCCACAUGGACCUCAGGCUCCAAAAGCAGCAGAGACGAUCAACCUGUUGCCCACCAGUGUUUACAACCCUGCUCGUUCCCAGCGGGCAGCGUCAAAGAGGAGGCGUUUUGUUGCCUCUAUCAAGAUGACAGCAAUAAGGGGAAGCACACAACAGAGUCGGCCACAUACAUCCGGCUUGGAGACAAUAGCUGCCGUCGCCCUGAGCAGACUGCAGCCUUGUCCAGCGGCUGCUAUUUCCAGGUGUAUGGCGGGGAGAGGCCGCAGCGGGACGAGCAGCAGCUGCAGCAACUGCCCCCCGGCUUGACGCUGACCCACUUGGCGUCAUCUGUUGAAAAAGCAGCAGAAUCGACUGUGAGCUGCAGCAAAACUGCACAGGAGACACCCAAAGAGGCUCCUAAAACAGAUGAGGGUGAGAGCAGGAAGGAAGACAAGGCCAAGAUUGACAGCUGCUCAGAUAACUCAGACGGGGAAUUUAAAGAUGAUUUAUCAGCGGAAAAGACAACGGGAAGCUGGUUAAAAGCCAAAAGUGGAAGGAAGAAGAGGUGUCCCUACACAAAGCACCAGACACUGGAGCUGGAAAAGGAGUUCUUGUUCAACAUGUAUCUGUCUCGGGAGCGCCGCCUGGAGAUCAGCCGCAGUAUCAACCUGACCGACAGACAGGUCAAGAUCUGGUUCCAAAACAGACGUAUGAAGCUCAAGAAGCUAAACAGGGAGAGCCGAGAAAGGGAGCAGAGUGCAGUUUAUAACUACUCCUGA